AUGACAUCCAAGAUUGACACCGAGAGAGCGGUUGUAGCCUCUACCGAAGAUGUCCAGAUGGAGAGUAAAUCGGAACAUUAUCACAUUGAGAAUGCCAAGCACAAUCUCAAUCGCAUGGACAUUGAGUUGAUGGCCAAGAACGCCAUGAAAUGGAACUCAAAAGCAUCUUUACGAUUGGCUGUGGUUAUCCUCAUCCAGGGUCUAAGUAUCUCACCAUUUCUGCGACGAACAGGCUGCGCCGCGUUCGCCAUCGAUGGAAAUGUCAUCGGAAGUAUCGAUGCACUCCCCGCUUUUCGUACCCAUUUCAAUGUGGGAACAAGCGGCGGAAAGCUCGGUAUUAUCCUUGCUGCGAUGUCCAUUGGUAAUGUUGUCGCUAGUCCCUUUCAGUGGCUUGCUGACUGGAUCGGACGCCGUGGUGUCACGUUCCUCGGAAGCUGUAUCCUGGUCGUCUCUUGUGUUCUCCAAGCGGUGGCACCUAAUGGUGCCUGUCUUAUCGUCGGACGAUUGCUGGCUGGUAUGGGCGCGUCCUUGUCCGCCACUUGCGGCCCAAUGUAUAUGAGCGAGGUGGCCCCUUCCUGCUACCGCGGUCUAGCUGUCGGUCUAUACUGCUCUUGUUACAGUGUUGGGUCCAUCAUCAUUGCUUGCGUUGUCCUUGGUGGUUCUUACAUGGAUGGCAACUGGAGCUGGCGCUUGCCGAUGGUCAUUCAAAUCGCUCCGCCUCUCAUUGUAGCCCUGCUUGUCUACCCCUGCACGCCUGAGUCGCCUCGGUACCUGGUGGCCAAGAACAAUGAGGAACAAGCUCGAUUGGUUAUUGCCCGUUACCAGACCAUCUCUGAGGAUGUCAACGAUGCCAUCGUUGAGGCGGAAAUUCAACAGAUACGCGAGUCUCUGGAGAUAAUGUCCAGCAAGGCGUGGGACUUCACGUGCUUGUAUAAGACGACGUCUUCCCGCAGGCGCCUUUGGAUCAUUUUCCUCUAUAGUUUCUUCCAGCAGUGCAACGGAAGUGUUCUCUUGAAUUACUACUUUGCGGGCAUCCUUACUCUGGUUGGCAUAACCAAUACACAACAGCAGCUCGGCAUUAACUUGGGCCUCACAGUCCUGUCAUAUGUGGCCACUUUGAUCGGAUCCGCCUUUAUUGAUAAGUUGAAACGACGAUUCCUGCUCAUGUUCUCACUAUGCAUCUAUAUCUUCUUCCUCGCCCUUAUUUCGAUCACAGGUGGAUGCUAUGCCAGUGGUAUCAGUGUCCAUGCCACGGGUAUCGCUACUGUCGCCUUUAUCUUCAUGUUCAAUGCCUGUACUGGACUCUUUGUUUCGGUUCUUCACAAUAUAUACCCGAAUGAAGUGCUCCACUAUUCGCAACGUGCCAAGGGCAUGGGAAUAUAUUCGUUCUUCCAAAAUUGCUUCGGAUUUAUCAUGACAUACGGCGUGUCAUAUGCGCUGCAAGCAUGGCAGUGGAAGAUAUACUUUCUCUUCAUUGGAAUUGACUCAAUCUGCCUAUAUCUUACUUGGCAAUUUUUCCCUGAGUUCAGCCAUCUGUCUUUAGAGGAAAUCGACCUUGUUUUUGAGACACCGGGUGUGAAUCCUGUCAAGAUGUCUAAGAAGCUCCAAGUUGCAAAGAAAGAGAAGCGCGUCAUGGACCACGGAACUGCAAAUCCCUAA